AUGGAAAUUGAAAGCAAUUUUGAUCAAGAACGACAAAACGCAUUUAAAUUGCACUGCUUUUUAGGGGCCUUGUUAAAUGUCUUGGUUAUUGUAGUGCAAUUAGUAGAUUUGACAUUGACACAGUGGGUGCAUUAUUGCUACUUUGAUUGGGGUUUAUAUGCAGGCGAAACAUCUGAAACAGGACUUGAUCAGAGAGUCUCCAAUAACGAGUCAUAUGAGGAUAUGAACAAUAAUAUGUGCGAUUAUUACAAAGACGUGAUUGAUGCUGCCUGCAAUGACUUUUGUGGGAAUUUGACGAGAUUCUGAACUGCUGGAGGCAUCAUGAUAGGAUUUUUAUCAGUCUGUAUAUUUAUUAAUGCUACUUAUGUUGUGCUACAUAUUUGCAUGUACUUUGGCAAAAAAUGCAAGCACUGGAUUUGGUACCAUGGGAUCUGGGCACCUACUAUCAUCUUCUUCAUGGGCCUCACAAUUUAUUUGGCUGUUGGCGAUAUCUACGGCGUCGAUAAAACUUGGGAUGGAGACGAAAACCUCCGAACUGGCCACGGUCUGUCCUUGGCCUUCUCAUUGUGGUGCUACAUACAUAAAAUGUCAGAGGAGAGACGAGAGUCCUUAUGCAUACCGGAAGUGUUUUUUUGGAUCUAAUUAUAGCUCGGCGAUGUUUAGUAGCCUCGAAGCGAGAGAUAUGAGUCUCUUUUCCGCUGAACUGGGUCCUGAAUCUUAGGGUAGUUAAUUGCUUCUCUUUUUCCAGCAGCAAAGAGUCCGUUAUGGAGAAGGCUGGCAUAUCUGCUGAAGCUGCUUGGUGAUUUCCCCCAGAUGGCGAAAGCUGUUGAGUUUUUCUUUGAGUACACAAAAAAGAGCGGAGGCAAAUUAGGCAGCUGACGCACACCCAGCAGCGGAGUCUCUCGAAUCGAAAGUGAUUCUCAAGAUGAGAGGGAUUUGACUUGUGAAUAUUCAUGGAAAAAGUGACGUUUCGUGGUUGGAAAUAAUGAUGACUAGCAAUGUCCUCUGAACCCUUGAUGAUAUCACUACUGAGAAACCUGGUUUCAGCCCGGCUUGCAAGAUGGUAGUACUCUGCAACCCCGCAGCACGCCACUGUAGAACGGAGCAAUCAGUGAAGUGGGGACAAUAAAUACCUUCCGAACUAAUCUAAUAAACUUUUCCAUUGUGGUGCUGCACUUCCUGCCUGCUAUACAUUCCUACAUUUUCACAUCCCAAGAACUCCGAAAAUAA